CAUUCAACACUAUAGAGACGCUUUAUAGUUUACUUUAUAUCGUUGCAUUCACUCGAAUACAAAAACAUUUUUCUUUCUGUUUGACUGUAAAAUUCGGAGGAAGUUCAACAUAUGCAAGGAAAAUACCAAAAUAGUUUAAGGACUACAACAUUAUAUUUAAAAUGAGCGGAAAUCGUCAACAUGGUUCGGCUACAGAAAAUGUGCCAGCACGUUUUGAAACAAAUGGCAACUUCGGCAUUGGUUCUCCAAAGUUCGAAACUCCUGUUGAAAUAGGGUCGUUUUCGUUAGACAUCAAGACGGAGUUUGAGAACUCUAAAAAGUCUAUGAGGUAUUUCAUCAAACCUCCAAAUCCAAAACGAGUGAAUUUCGACUUACGUAAAGGAUACGAUACAAUGAUAAAAAAUGAGAAGGGAAGGGAGUCUCAUAUCCUUAAUAUUCUACAUUGGAUUGUUGAAAACCUAGAAAAAUUUCCAACAAAAGGAAGAAAGUGCACAAAAGGACCGAACAAAGGAGCCUCAGGGCGAGAUAUACCAAAGAAGGACAAAGGCAAUUCUGCUUCUUCUUUUAGCCAACACUCGGAUGACCAGAGUCAGAUUGACCGAGAACUUGCUGAUGUACAAACUGGGUUAAGUGACAUGAAGAUUUCUAAAGAAGGUGAUUCAGAAGCAAGUGCUCCAUCAGAUAUGUCAGCUGACGGAGAACCAAGAACCCUUAACACAAAUUUUGUUUGUCGGCGAGGAUUACUAGCAAAAGUAAUGUGUACACCAUAUGAGGAAAGGGAAGACUGGAUCAUAGCAGUUGUACUUCAUAACGGGACUUAUUAUCUAAACGAGAUUGAGACGGAACAGAAAAAACAGGACAAAGCAAAAAUGGCGGAACAGAAAAAACAGAACGAAGCAAGAAUGACGGAACAGAAAAAACAGGACGAAGCAAGAAUUACAGAUGACGAAAUGUGUUGCUGGGGUUCGAAGUUUGAACAAUAUCUGAAAUCAGAUUCCAAAGAUGGAGUACCGGAUCCAGACGCACAAUACAAUAACUGUGAAGCAUUCUAUACUGUUGUCAGGACACAAUUGAACAAUCAUUCUCUAGUGUUUUCCGGUGAAGUAGACGCUCUAAAUACUGAUAAAGAAAAAGGAAGCUACUACGUGCAGUUCAAAACAAAUAGGGAAUUCGUCCAUCAAGGUCACGUUAAAACGUUUAAGAGGUUCAAGGUAAGGAAUUGGUGGACACAGAAUUAUAUCAUAGGUGUGCAAGAAAUAGUCUGCGGCUUUAGGGACGAUAAAGGAAUUGUACACAGACUGGAGUUCUACAAAACUAAAGACUUGCCAAACCUUGCAAAGGAUUUAUAUAAUCCAUGGAAACCCAACGUGUGCUUCAAUUUCUUGGAUCAGUUUCUGUCGUUUAUCAAAUCCGCCAUAACAACAGACGACCACAAAAAAGUACAUAUACUAAAGUGGUCUCCAGGUGGACCAGUCCGGUGCAGUCAACCGCUAGUGGACUCGGAGUACAAUUUCCUUCCUGACUGGUACACAGACGCUUUGAAAUAAAAAAAUAACGUUUCAGUGUUUAACAUUCGAAACUCAGAUUGUUUAUAAUCAGAGCUUUCCUUAAUGCUUAAGUUAACUUUGAAUAGAAAUUUAGCUUAUAGUUACAUCUUUUAAAAAAUAUUUUACUGUAGUUGUUGUAGCGGGAUUUGUGUUAUUGUUUUUUGGUUGUUGGUGUUGCUGUUGUUGUUGUUGUUUUGUUGUUUGAUUCUUUUAUCUUAUAGUUUCAGAAUUUUAAAAAUAUAUGAUAAACUACAUAUACUAAAUAGAUUCCCACGUUUGCUUUAAGGUAUUGGAACCCUAAUAGUAAUGUUUAACACAUGGCUUUUGUUUGGUAUAUUCUUAAAGAUGACCAUGUUUCGCACUGUGUUGCAAAUUUUAAAUAACAUUUAUCGUGCCGUAUUUUUUGUAAAUCUUGUAUAAUUUAUGGUAUUUCCUCAAGCCCAAAGAGAGACAAAUUUCAAUGUGAAGGCCGCUAUCUAAAACGUUUGCAGGGAAUUCAUUACACCAUAAUUUUGAUAAAAGAAACAUUAAACUAUUGUUAAACGAUUAUAAAACACAAAAUAAAACUGUUAUAUACCUUUUUUUUCAAGGGUGCCUCAAGUAAACAGAUUAAAUGAGACAGAAUUCUAACUCCAAGAUUGAAAAACUAAGGUCGAAUCCUGUGUUUUGAAUUUUGCUCGCCUCAUUCAAAAAAACCUUGGGGCAGAAGUGAAACCUACCUGCAUUUCUUUCACAAUAUGUAAUCUAAAGAAUGAAGGCAAAAUAGAUAACUUUUACCGCAUGUAACUCACUUUGAACAGCAAGAAAUCGCUUAUAAAAUGAAGAUUUUCCUCUUUUGUACAAUACAUCUAUAAUUAGUCUUGAAAAAAGUAAAAACUUGCUUGAAAAAAAGGAAAUUUUGAAAAAAAUUGGUCUCAAUGGGGCUUGAACCUACGCCUCCCUGAAAAUUGGAGUCAAAGUAGGUUUAUGGUAGGUUUAUGGUAGGAAUUGAAUUCUUUUCAAAAAGGAGGUACUCUAUUACGGGUCCAGUACCUUUAAUGAAAAUUUUAAAAGUUUAUAUAGGGAAUGAAUUGCCGUAGAGGUGAAAAUGAUUACGUCAAUAUAAGAAAGCGUUGUGGCCUAUAUAUCAGAAUUGUCAAGCAUGAAACUACAAACAUAUUUGAAUAUUUAUUGAUAAUAUCAUGAACGGUAUAUGAUAGAAAUAUAUGUAUUGUGUGAAAUACUAACGUAGCUGUAUCAUUUAGAAAAUUUCAUGUCAUUAGAAUUCACUACCCAUGUAUAUUAUGUACUAUCUGGUUGGUAUUCCAUCCGUUUUUAUAUUGUUUAUCGUAUUUACAAUUGUGUGAAUUAUGCAUUUAACACAAGCCAACUAUUGUAUAUAGUUUUAAAUUCCGAUUCUGCAAAUUCAUGUCCUUUCCUGAGCUUAUUAACAAUGUCAAUUUUACAGUGAAUUAUGCUUCUUUUUAAAGUCAUCCGAUUCAAGUGAUUUUAUCCUGAUUUUAUUAUAGCAUAUUAUUUUAUCAAAAGGUGUGUCAUUUCGCUAUUGGUUACGUGAAACAUAUGUGUGUUCGGGUUUAACGUCUUUUUCAACAAUUUUUCAGUCAUGUAAACGACGGUGUCUACUUGUAGCAGUGAGCACAAUGCCCAACUUUAUAGUGCUGCCUCGCUGGAAUAGCACGCCGUAGGCACGUGACAUGAUACCCCACCCAGUCACAUUAUACAGACACCGGGCUGAGCGCCCUAGUACCAUUGUGUACGUCUUUGGUAUGACGCGGCCGGGGAUCGAACCCACGACCUCCCGCACUCAAAGUGGACGCUCUACCACUAGGCUACCGUAAAACAUAGGCAUGCAGGUAACACUGAAGGUCAUAUAGGACAUAUUGAUGCUCUACAUAGCAAAUGUAUUGUCAUACUAAAUUGAAAAGCAGGUCAUUGUACAAAAAAGUUCCUUUUAUGAUUCUUCUUUUUUCAUGCUCAUUUUCUGAUAGCCAAUAAAAUUUUCUUUUCAGUUAUAUAUUUCGCGGUUACCUCGUAGGUGCAUUUUUUUCUGAUUUAUCUGAUAGUCUAAAAAAUUGAAAAAUUAAAAUAAGGUAUAAUGCUGUUUAUUAUUUUGAAGUACAUGUAAUUGUCUUUUGGAAAAUAAAUGGAAUGGUCCUGAUAUUAACAUUGUGAUUGCGACUGUUCGUUUUCAGACCCCAACACCUGUCCGGGAAAAGUAUAUACAUGUACAAAGAACAUGUAGUUUGCACCUGUAUUUCCCUCAUAAACCUUAAAAAACACCUUAAAAAACAAUAUAAAGAGAAACUUAUUUUGGACAACAGAUGAAAAACCUAUAUACUUCUCUACAUUGUCUUAGUAUGUGUUGUCGAAAAACCAAUGGUAAACUUUUUUCGGAAAAUGAAUUUUAACAUUUAUAGGUCAGAAUAUCCCAAAUACAA